AUGGAAUACUUUGACUUUGAAGGGGCAUCUUUCGCCUCGAACAAUGUGCAAGACGACGACGUUGCAUCAUGUUGCCAAGAACUCGACGAAGCAGAAGCUGUCGAGAACUAUGAGUCGUUGUUCUUUGAUAAGAACUUCCAGCUGCAUCCCGACUCGGGGCUGACAGCUGACCAUGUCGAUAACCUGCAUGAUCAGGAACUGGACCCCCAGCCUCCGGUGGAAGACCCAGUUGUGACCGAGCCGUCUUCUGGCUCACAGUAUCCCAUGUUCCGAUCUCCACUGCCCUGUGAUUUCUGUCGGCAAAUGGGCUUCACACACGAAAAAACGCCUGGCAAGUAUCUACAUACUCUGCAACCAGUGGGUGAAGACGACGUCACAUCCACCGGUGGACUUACUGGAAGGCGAGCAUUGAAAUCUUUAGGGUCAAGUAAAUUCGAUCAUCUCGAAUCUCGUGGCCGAAAGAGUGGUGCUCGCUUCUCUCGUGACGCUGUUAGAAUCUUGAAGAAUUGGCUCUCAGAGCACUAUCAACACCCUUACCCUAACGAAGCAGAGAAGGAUGCUCUCAAGGAACGUACCGGUCUCAAGAGAAGUCAGAUAGCCAAUUGGCUCGCAAAUGCUCGUCGUCGGGGCAAAGUCUUACCAUCUACACGCAGUAGUUCGCCUACUCCAGGUGCUGUUGAUAUACCCGGAUCUACACACAUCUCGUCAGCAUCAUCAACAACAUCGACAUCGUCGUCAUCCACUCUUGAAUAUGCACUGAUGACGCCUUUGGAGCGAUGGAAGCACUCUCCUCCCGAACACGAAGCUGCCGCCACCAGUGAUAUUAUCCGAGCUAUGGCCAACGCCUCUCUUCCGCCUCCGUCACCGUCACAUGCCCAGCAGCCGCAGCAGCAAGGCUACUAUGCUCCUCCUACGAUGUCUGGACACGGCCGGUCUCUUUCCCGGAAGACAGGCUCCAGCAAUGACUCGGGCUCGUUGUUCCAGGCACCGUCAGUGAGCAGUUAUGAGACGGAGAACAAAUCAUCAAUUUCUGACUACUCGUUUGCCUCCGCCUUUUCACAUCGUUCUUCUCAACUUUCGUUCAACUCGGCGGACCGGAAAGAACGACGUCGGCGCCGUAAGCAGAUGCCACCAGUUCCCGCUUUCGACCGACAACCUGCUCGCGGAGCUCGUAUCUUCCAGUGUACGUUCUGUACUGAUUCUUUCCCUGCGAAAUAUGACUGGCAACGUCAUGAGAAGUCAGUACACUUAGCUCUGGAGAAAUGGACUUGCGCACCACGCGGAGGGGUGAUAACUACCUCCGACGGAAUGAAAGCAUGUGCCUUUUGUAGAACACGUAACCCGACCGAAGGACACUUGGAAACACAUAACUAUCUGACAUGCCAAGAAAAAACGGUUCAAGAGCGGACGUUCUAUCGCAAGGAUCAUCUAAACCAGCAUUUGCGAUUGAUGCAUGAGGUCAAAUAUGACUCGUCAAUGGAUCAAUGGCGGAGCACAACAAACGAAAUCAAGUCACGAUGCGGCUUGUGCGAUACCAACUUUACCACUUGGAAAGACCGUGUUGAUCACAUAGCGCAGCACUUCAAGAACGGAGCAGACAUGUCGCAGUGGAAAGGUGACUGGGGGUUCGAGCCAUAUGUCCAGCGCCUUGUUGAAAAUGCUACACCCCCAUACCUUAUUGCAAGCGAGCGAGCAGGCCUCGGUCAGGAUAAAACGCCUGGAAUAAGCCACACGGUUAAGACCACCCGUUCGUUCGUGGGGUCUUCAUCGGUCUCCCUACCAGUACCUACGGAUGAAACAUCCUUUACACGACUCGAAAAUGAACUCAAAGCAUUCAUCGGUGGCCAAUUUUUGGAUGGUAACACGCCUACUGAUAAACAGAUUCAAGAUCAAGCUCGUAUGAUCGUAUAUGGCUCCAAUGAUCCAUGGAACCAAACAUGCGCCGAUAAUGUGGUUUGGCUAAGUGUGCUGAAGCGAGACUGUGGCAUGGAGGACCUUCCUGGCUUAGAAAACAUCAAGCUAGAAGAUUUGGGAAUGCAGCCUCCUUUCGCAGGUCGCAUGCAGCAUCCUCCUCUCGAGACGAACAGUCUCGUUGCUGGCAAUGUGCGCCAUUCCUGGUUCAGCACCGCCAGCCUUGGAAGCGCCGCAAUCUCGGCAUCGGGGCUGCAAAGCCCAGCCUUUGUUUCGAGCAGUGGCUUCCAAUCGGCUGCUCACAGCAUGCCUGGAAGUCUUGCAGGAAGCUUUUCCGGCAGCAUCGGAGUAUCAUCUGCUGGCCCUUCAUCUGCUAUACCUGGUCUAUCGAGCGGAUGGAGCAGUAACUUCUCUGUGGGCGAACAGUCAUCAUCCGACUGGACAGGUUCCGUUGCAUAUGCGGAUCCUAUAGCACAGUCCAACUUUGAUCUUGAGCUGUUGCUGCAAUUGAACGAUCCGCAGUCUCAAGGCAUGGGUAUCGAUGCUCCUAUUUUCGAUAUGGAAGUGUUGACUUCUCAGGCUGAAAUGAUGCCACCAGUAGCGUCUGCCCUUGGUAAAGAGCCACAAUCAUUUGAUCCUCUGUCGACAGCAAUGAUGACAACGGCAUCCGAGACGCGACCAAUUUCUAUCCCCACAACCACUGCUGCUGGUAAUACUGUGGGUAUGGACUCAUACUUCGAGCCCUCGUUCUCAUCCCAGCCGGGGUAUAAUUGA